GACACAGACAUGAGCAAAAACAUGAAGUCCCUGCUGUUGAGCUGCUUAUGUAUCAGUGGGCCAAUUCUCUCAGGAUUCCAAUCUUAAAAAGUGAAAAAUGCAUAUCCAGCUGUGAAACAAGGAAAUAGUAAAUGAACUGGAGAACAUGGUCAAGCGAGUUGCAAUUGUGGGAGCUGGGGCCAGUGGCCUGUCCUCCAUCAAGUGCUGCCUGGAGGAAGGACUGGAGCCCACCUGCUUUGAAAGGAGUGAGGACCUCGGGGGGCUCUGGAGAUUCACUGAACAUGUUGAAGAAGGCAGAGCCAGUCUCUAUAAGUCUGUGGUUUCCAACAGCUGCAAGGAGAUGUCUUGUUACUCAGACUUUCCAUUCCCAGAAGAUUAUCCAAACUAUGUGCCAAACUCUCUAUUUCUGGAAUAUCUCAAAAUGUAUGCAAAGAGAUUCAACCUUCUGAAAUGCAUUCGAUUCAAGACCAAAGUCUGCAGUAUAAGAAAGUGCCCAGAUUUUACUGUCUCUGGCCAGUGGGAGGUGGUCACACUGCAUGAAGGGAGGCAAGAGUCCGCCAUCUUUGAUGCUGUCAUGGUCUGCACAGGUUAUCUUACUAACCCGAAUUUGCCACUGGACUCCUUUCCAGGUAUAAAUACCUUUAAAGGCCAAUACUUUCAUAGCCGACAAUAUAAACAUCCAGAUAUAUUUAAGGACAAGAGAGUCCUUGUUAUUGGAAUGGGGAACUCUGGCACAGACAUUGCUGUGGAGGCCAGCUACCUGGCAAAAAAGGUGUUGCUCAGCACCACUGGAGGGGCGUGGGUGAUCAGCCGAGUCUUUGACUCGGGGUACCCUUGGGACAUGGUGUUCACGACACGAUUUCAGAACACAUUCAGAAAUUCACUUCCAACUCCAAUCCUGAGUUGGUUGUUGGCAAGAAAACUGAACGGCUGGUUCAAUCAUGCAAAUUAUGGCUUAGUACCAGAAGACAGAAUUCAGCUGAGAGAGCCUGUGCUAAAUAAUGAGCUCCCGGGCUGUAUCAUCACUGGGAAAUUGCUCAUCAAGCCAAGUGUAAAGGAAGUGAAGGAAAACUCAGUCAUAUUUAAUAACACUUCAAAGGAAGAGCCCAUUGAUAUCAUUGUUUUUGCCACUGGAUACACCUUUGCUUUUCCCUUUCUGGAUGAGUCUGAUGUGAAAGUUGAAGAUGGCCAAGCAUCGCUGUACAAAUAUAUCUUUCCUGUGCAUCUGCAAAAGCCAACGCUGGCUGUUAUUGGCCUCAUCAAGCCCUUGGGCUCCAUAUUACCCACAGGAGAAAUGCAAGCUCGAUGGGCUGUGCGAGUCCUGAAAGGUGUAAAUAAGUUACCACCACUAAGCAUCAUGUUAAAGGAGGUUAAUGCAAGGAAAGAAAACAAGCACACUGGGUUUGGCUUGCACUACUGCAAAGCUUUACAGACAGAUUAUAUCAUGUACAUGGAUGAACUCAUGACCUAUAUCAAUGCAAAACCCAACCUAUUCUCCAUGCUCCUGACGGAUCCAUGCCUGGCAUUGACCAUCUUCUUUGGCCCGUGCUCACCAUACCAGUUCCGUUUAACUGGCCCAGGGAAGUGGGAAGGAGCCAGAAAUGCCAUCAUGACUCAGUGGGACCGAACAUUUAAGGUCACCAAAACAAGAAUCGUACAAGAAUCCCAAUCUCCCUUUGCAAGCUUACUUAAACUCUUCAGCUUUCUCGCUUUGCUUGUGGCUAUUUUCCUGCUUUUCUUUUAAGUCAAGUAUUUCCUAAAUGGCUUCUCAUUUGCACAGAGCAGUUCCUCCAUUGCAGCAGCAUUGCCUUCAUAGACAUAGACCACGUUCAAAUAUAGAAGGCCACCCCUGCCCUUCCCUGGGGGCCCCAGGGCUGCCACUAACAUUCCUGAGCCUCUCCCAGCUCCACCUCCAUCUGAUGCAAGAGGAUGGCUACCAAGAUUUCUUUCAGUGCAUUUGAAGGCUGCUGGAAGGUUCCAGGUUCAUUGUAGGAGAGCUGUCCUAGACAGCAUUAUGAGUAGUCAGACCUCUUUCCCAUAUAAUCUAUUUUUAUAGAUAACAGCUAAAAUUCCCUACUUCACAAAAGAUUUCACCAUACUUAAAUGGUGCUAUUAUGGACUCAGUUGAUUAAAACAAAACAAAGAAAUCUGGAAA